ACAAAAGCGAAAAAAAAAUUAUGUUCAAACCAAAAACGUUGCAACUAGUGUCAAUAACAAGCACAACAUUACAACAAUGCAGUCGUUUUUCGCAACAGUUGCAAAAAAAAGUGACAUUUACAUCGACUGCCUUUGUCGCUUCAAAACGAUCUCAAUUACGUAAACCCAAUUACUCCAGUUUGACCAAACACAUUAGACCGGAUGGCUUGACAGGCCGAGAACGGCGCGAUGUCUUGCGUGCCAAACUGAAAGAUCGCCACACAGGUGGUGGUUCACGCCAUACACCCUAUAUUCCAGUCAAGAACCGAUUAGAAACCAUCAACUCGGCACUGCCUCAACAAUUAGCCAAAUCGUUUGAUGAUCUCGAACUCGAUUCUACACUCGUGCAGGCUGUACAGUCUAUAUUACCAGAACAGGCCCAGCCAACCGAAAUCCAGGCACUGACGAUCCCUGCAGUGCUGUCAACAAGGGACGCUCAACAUAUCCUGUGUGCUGCCGAAACUGGUUCUGGCAAGACACUGGCAUAUUUGGCACCUACAAUUAAUACGCUGAAACAAAACGAAAAGAAGAGACGAUUGGACCGACCACGAGCCAUUGUCCUUGUCCCUACCCGUGAAUUGGUUGCGCAAGUAGUUUCGACAUGCAAAUCCCUUGCACACAAGGUCAAGUUUCGUAGUUUGGCAUUGGAUGGCAAGACACCCAGAGGUCGGCUGGUUAAGGAUUUGGAACAACCGGUCGACGUACUGGUAACAACGCCUACUACAUUGCGUGGCUAUGUGACAGACCGCACACUCUCAUUGACCGACGUCCAAUACCUGAUUGUUGACGAAGCUGAUUCAUUAUUUGAUGCCGGAUGGGGCGACGACGUCAAAUUCACUAUGCAGAGACUUAAGAAUGCCAAAACAAUUGUUGUUUCGGCCACGUUACCACGCUCGGUCCACCGCACACUCGACGAUCUGUUUGGCGAGGAUGGGAUGCUCAAAAUCACGACACCCUCUCUCCAUCGCGCGCUGCCCAACUUGAAACAAUCCUUUGUGGAUCUACAACGGUUCAACGGCAACAGACAACUCGCAUUGUUGGACGUGCUGAAAAGGAACAUCAAGGACGAAAAGACGCUGGUAUUUUGCAAUACCAGGAAAGCGGCUCAGUUAUUACAACAAUGGCUUGCAAGUAAAGACGUGAAUGUACUUGCAUUACACAAAGACGUGGAUCGCAAACAGACGCUGGGCUUGUUCUCGGGUGAGAUUACCAGUAUCGCUGUUGCAGAUGAUGCGGAUAAGGAUGCAAACAAAGACAAGAAUUACAAUGUGUUGAUCAGCACGGACAUUGCCUCGAGAGGCAUCGAUACCACGUUCGUGGAUCAUGUUGUACUCUAUGACUUUCCUGCGUCCAUGAUUGAUUACUUGCAUCGAGUCGGUCGGACAGCCAGAGCAGGUCGCACCGGCAAGGCCACGUCACUGAUAGGAAGAAAGGAUCGCAUGAUGGCGGAUCGUAUAAAGCGGUCGAUUCGUGAUGGAGCGGUGAUCACCUAGUUGUACAUAAGACUAAAUAGAGUUUAAACGAUGUAUCAUAUGUAGUUAGUAGUUAACAGUAAUGUAUAAUAUGGAGUAAAGCACGUUGUCUGUGUAACGUACUCUGCUGCUUUCGUUUGAAGCACACUGUCUUAAUUUUCCUCAUCCCUCCCCUGCAGCAGAAUGCCGUGACACUGUUUUGCACUUAGUGCAGUGAUAUCUACCAUCUUUUAGGGUAUUACACAACAUUAUAACUUUUGGGUUUUAAUAUAAUCUGGGGUGUUUAUCUUUUUCUAAAAAUAAAAGGGUCGAUGAAAAACUGACGUGUUAUACAUAUAUACUUACUAUGUAUAUGCUUCUUCUCUCUGUUGUGACAUGUUACACUGCUACGAUACACACGUUACUCGAAUUCAUUUCAAAAAAUGCUUUGAAACUCUUGUAAGUG